AUGGGGCGCAAAGCCAAGUAUUUUACUGUAGCAGACAAAAUGGCAGCACAACAACAACAGCAGGCGUCAUACAUUCAGACAGAACGGCAAGUUUCUCAGAAUGCUCGUGCAUAUGCGAAGCGUCAUGGUCGACACAGAUGUUGGACAGCACCAAAGAACGAGCCUCAACCUCUAGAAACAACUCUGGUUGCAUUUGCAACUCUUCCCCUGCCAAAUUCAUAUCUAUUUCGCUAUGCUCUCGCCGGUUCACGUUUGAUCGAUGAGUCCGAUCUUGCACAAUGGGACAAGCCUCCUCCUUAUCACUCUCUGCCUCCACCGGAGAUACCAGAUGAAGAACAGUUCACUCAGAACCUGCUGGAUGUCAUGCACAGAUAUCAGUUGCGUCAGUUAAGGGUGUCUUGCAUUCGUCAUGCAGCCAUGUUUAAUGCCAGAGGUAGUGAUAUUGCUAGUAUCACGAAGGAGAUCCAGGAGGCACGAAAAGCAUUGCUCGAUGGCUGGAAUGACCUUCAUACACGUGUCACAACCUUGCGGGCAUGCGCGAGACACAAGGCCAUGGCAGAAUGUUAUCAGCAGUGGCAAGCGAGGAAGAUCUUGAACUAUCAACAGGAGGAGGAUCAGUUAGCUAGGGGAGAAAAUCCGUAUGUGUAG